GUGAGCGGUGGUGGGAAAUCCUUAGCCUAACGAGCGGGGUGAUGCUUUGGUGAGGUUAAUGGUGUAUCAGGUAUGUUGGGGUUUGUGGCUUGAGUGACUCGGGUGUAAACGCGGUGGUGUUCGACGUCUGCUCCGGUUGUGUUUCGGUGUGAUACAGGAAUAGCCCUUUCUCAGUGAUCCUGGUUUUGUAUUGAAAAGCCUCAAUGGGUCCUUAUGCCCUAUCCCUUAGUCCCAGCAGGCAAACACCUCUGUGGAGGUUGGGGUCCUGUCAAGGGGUUGCUGCUCCAGUGGUCGGCGAUGGGCAGUUGGGUGUUGUGGGUUCCUCCUGUGCCCAAUCCUUUUGUGCUGACGCAUUGCAAAAGGUACCACUCUCAUCUUGCAAUGCCAGGCAGCUCUUCAAGCAAAUCUGGAGUUUUGUUACUCUCCCAUCAUGGAUCUGAGGCCAGGAGGUGCGCAGGUUGAGAUGCUCAGUGAAGGGCUUGAGGUAACUAUAGGCCGAGGAUUGGAUCUCACGUACCAGCUGGUGUCAAAAACCUGUCCCUUGAUGAUCUCUCGUAAGCACUGUGUUUUCCAGCAAAAUGCAGAAGGGCAGUGGACUGUCAAGGAUAACAAGAGUCUAAAUGGAGUAUGGCUUAAUAAACAACGCCUGGAUCCCUCAAAAGCCUAUCCUAUCACUGAAGGAGACCGUAUUCAGUUGGGAGUGCCUUUGGAAAACAAAGAGACUGCUGAAUAUGAGUAUGAAGUAAUUAAGGAGGAAUGGGAGAAAAUCAGACCCUUUUUAGCCCAAAGGAGUGACCUGGGAAAAGCUAAGAGUUCAAGAACUAAACGUAAAUUUAGUUUGGAGGAAUCAGAGACAUCUGGAUCAGAAGGCCCUUCAAACUCCAGAUCCAAAAGAGACAGAGUGUCCUGUGGCAAUGAAACUCUGGGUGAAUCAUGGGGAAAGGUAGAAGAGGCCAAACAGUUAACAGGGAAGAUGCAUGUCAAGCUGCCUUCUCCUGGACCAAGUGAGCAGGGUAGUGGUCCAGUGCAUAGUAGCCCUGUGUCCUCCGAGAAAGCUGUGUCUGUCACCCAUAAGGACCAGAAAAGCUCUGGUCUUGAAGAGUCGUGGACUGGCUUGGAAAUGCUGAGGAAAACUCUAGUAGACAUAAUGAAGUUGAAGGUGAAAGUGCAGGAAAAGCAGACAGCAGUUCUGAAUGUGAAGCAGAAGCGCAGGAAGUGUGCUCAGAAGGAGAUCCUGGCAAUGGAGCAGGAGCUGCAGGAGUUGCAGGACCAGCUGUGCAUGGAACAAGAGCAUCAGCAGCAGCAGGUGGAAGAGCUGGAGAGGACAUUCUCUAAAGAGCAGCAGAAGCUAGAGGGAGCAAACUGGCAACACGGGGAAGAGAAUCUGAAGGAGCAACUGGCCCAGGUCCUGCAAGAGCAUCAUGCUUUGAUGGAAGAACUGAGCCGUAGUAAAAAAGAUUUUGAGGAGAUAAUUCGAGCCAAGAAUAAAGAACUGGAAGAAACCAAGGAGGAGAAGGAAAAGGUGAGAGCCCAAAAAGAAGAGGUGUUGAAUCAGAUGAAUGACGUGUUGGAGAAUGAGUUGCAGUGCACGAUCUGUUCUGAGCACUUUAUUGAGGCAGUCACUCUGAACUGUGCACACAGCUUCUGUUCCUACUGUAUCGAUGAGUGGACGAAACGUAAAGUGGAGUGCCCUAUCUGCAGGCAGGAGAUCAAAUCAAAGACACGCUCUCUGGUGCUGGAUAACUGCAUCGACAGGAUGGUAGAAAAACUGGAUGUGGCAACGAAAGAGCAUCGCCUGACCCUUAUCAGAGAGCGGAAAGAGAAACAGAAUGCGUUGGUGAAACCAGCCAUGGACAAUGAUGGCAGCGUCGUUUCUUCCAUCUCCUCCGUCUUUUUGAUGAGCCGUUGUGACAGUGAGGACUCUGAGGAGGAUUCUUACUAUAAUGAAAGCUACUACAUUAUCUAAAAACUAUUACUGCAGACUUGUUUGCCUGUGUGCUGCUCAGAACAACCUAAUGGUGUUUGGUUGACUACUGCUGGAUGAGUGGACUGGACAUCUAAGGGAUUCUAUGAAGAGGCUGGAGCUGAAAACUAGCAGCAUUUGGAAAAGACCUUAUUUUUUAAAUGAAUGUACAGAAGCUUGAUCUCUAAAAGAAAACUGGGAUCGUGAGAGAACCGUCAUUUUGCUGGAUAGCUGACAUACAAAACCCAGGCUUCCAUGAUCGCUUGUGACCUAUUUGGUGUAAUGUAAUAGUUUGUAUGCACUGCUGCCCUUUCCCUAGUGAAUGACAUGUUUAAAUGUGUACAUCAGCUUCCCUUAUUUCAGGCAGCAGAGGGAAUGGCCCAAGCUAUUUGAGAACUUGGCCAUCCUCACCAGCAGGCAAGAGAAAUGUAUCAGCAAAAAGUGCCAAUGUGGGUUUUCCUCUUUUCAUAUGGCAGCUAGGGUUGUUUGUCCCAGGCCUCUGGCAGUAAAGGAAAGGGUAGGUUAUGGCCUCUGCCAGCUGAAGUGCAUUGUAAUCAGAGCUGCUGGCCAUCCUUUUGCUCCUUUGAUGUUACUCAUUUUGUGUUAGAUAGGGAUGGAGAAGAUUAAAUCUUCCAGAAUUCCUUAGCUAGUGCUCUUUUCAUAUAGUAUGUUUGCUUUGUUCCCUCUUCAGGCUUUUGCAUAAUGGGUUUUAGAAUUCAGAAGCAGCGCAUCCAGAAGGUACUAGCAAUGACUUCAGAAACACGUGUAGCAGCAGAGAGGAACCUCAGCCUCUUCAGAAAUGCUGCUAUCUGAAUUGGCAGGGUAGGAAAGCAGCAUCUGUAGGCAACUACAAGGCACAGAAGGAAGCAUUCAGUUUUAUUGUUUACAAAACAUUGCUGUUGAGCCGUGGGUUGUACUACCUCACAGCAAAUCACUUAUCCCGAAGAGACUGAGCAAGUCUUGCCUUGUCCUAUCAUGACUUUGUCUAUGAAGUUCCAUGUUCAGUAGCGUAUACUUUUGACUUAGCUGUUACAUGGAAAGGACUGUUUUACACUGUGAGAAGAGGAUGGGGGAAGGCCUUCUUAUCCGUAAUAUUUCUUCAGCUAUUUGUAUGUACUUUCUGUGUUUAUUUUGUUUAAGAAGAAAAAUAUAAACCCAUUUCUUUAGUCUUCCUUGGUGCAACAACUGAUAGGAAUAUCUUUCUCCUAGUUUUCUUUGAUUUUUAUUUUUUGAGAAAACACAGACUAUCUCAUUUUCAUGACUUUGCUUCAUGUUUUAAUUGCUCUAAGUAGUGUGACUAUUUUAAAGUUCUUUGAAAGACUUGUGUAUUCAGGAAUUGAUAAAGACAACCCAACUCUUAAGCCUGUGGUUACCCUAACAGUAAUUUAGUAGAUGCAAUUGUACCUCUUACAUUCUUCCACUAAAGAAAGAUCCCAUUAAAGAGGUGCAUGAAUGAUGAUGCUGUGGUAAGGAAGCAGUGCAUUCUGACAGAUUUGAUUGGUAGGACUUAAACAAGGGAGGUAGGUCUGAUCUGUGGGCCAGGCAACUUUCUUAACAUCUUAGUGUAAGGUUUCUUUUGUGAAAGAGACUCAACUCAAACAUCUUGAGUUUUCUUCUAUUCUUUUUAAUAUUAAUUUUCUGUGUAUGAUCAUAAAAGUUUCUUUUGUGAAUAUAUGUUCUCUAGGAUGUCUGAGAGAAGAGGGUUCCUCAAAACACUUGUGAAAUAAGCUGAUGUUGGAACAGGCAUUCCUGAUGAAGAGGAGUAGGAGGAAAAUACUCUGGCUAGCUAGGACUGCAAAUUCUUCUAUUGUGUAUCUCUUCCAUGUUGCUGUGCUUUUUUUGCUUUUUUCAUUUUGCUAAAUAUAUUUAUUUUGUUAUGUUGGUGUUUAUGCAUAUUGCAGAGAAGGAUAAUGCUUCUCCUAGUAACAGAGUAAUUCUUCAGUGUGA